AUGAGUCUGGACCUACCAGGAAACAAAAUCUUCCUCGAAUCCCACGUCAACGCCUACCUCGAAUAUAUCAACCCCAACCCGGCGUACAGCUUCGUUCACAAACCUUCCUUCCUCCGAAACUUCCAUCGCAAUAAGCUCGAUUCACUGUUACUUCGUUGUGUCUGCGGAAUUGCCUCGCGGUUCCUCCAAAGAAGCAACCCGCGCCAUGAGUAUGUGUCUGAAUGGUUGAAGGAGGUCGAGGGGCAGAUGUGGCCGAGGAUGGCGGAAAUGAAAAUAGAGAAUCUUCAAAUUCUCUUGCUUCUCAUUUGCUGGUACUCACUGGACCGGAAGAUUUCAAGUAUGUGGACAUCUUCAUCCAUGGCUGCACGGAUCGCCUACGGAAUGCGUUUAAACCGCGAGACUACCGACCCAAUGCCUUUCAUCUCAAAAGAGGUUCGACGUCGCAUUAUGUGGUCUAUUUUCAUGCUGGACAAAUUCUACGCCGGGGGUUUUGCAGAAUUCACCCUUUGCCACGCGAGCACAAUGCAUCUCAAUUUACCAUGCGAGGAAAGAAAUUUCGAACUAGACAUUCCCACCGCGACUUCAAUCUUGACGCCAGCUUCUCCCUCGGAGACUUAUGAGUCAGGGAUAGGAUUGAUGGGUCAUAUGUCUAGACUUGUCAAGAUAAGACACGAAGUUCUGGAGUGA